AUGGCCUUGGCCACUUCCCUUGCCUCACCAAUUGCUCCCAGUGAAGUGGAGGAGCACUUAACCAAUGAAGAGGUCUCUCCGUCGUUGAGGGGAGUGAGUCGUUUGCUAGCCCAAUCCAAUCCAAAAGCCUCCAUGACAUGCGAUAAAUACCCGAGGAUUUGCUACGCCAGAGGAAGCCCGGGCCGGGAGUGCUGCAAGAAGAAAUGCGUGAACGUGAUGAAAGACAACCAGAACUGCGGAUGGUGCGGGAGGAGGUGCGGAUAUGGGCAGACGUGCUGCAGUGGCCAAUGCGUCAAUGUGCUGUAUGACCUCAGGAACUGCGGGGCGUGCAAGAACAAGUGCAAGCAAGGUGGCUUCUGCAACUACGGGAUGUGCAACUAUGCUUAG